AAAUAUAUCCAGGGGUAAUCUCCCUUCCUUAAAAAAAUGGCGGCGAGCGGUGAUCGAAUUUGAACAAAGAAAAACACAUGCUGUAUGCUCUCUGACUCUCAAUACGUGUAGAUGAAAUAAGCGACAUGAUGAGAGCUGACACCAGAUGACUGCAUGAUUAUGUACAUUAUUUUGUAAGAAAUACAGAAGUACGAAAUCGGACAGUUGGCACAACUUCCAAAUAGUAACAUUGAAGUAAAGUGACACUUUCUUGACUCAAGUUUUAAAUAGACAAGCUCUUUUGAGAAUGUUUCUGCUAUGGUUUUAAUGCUGUUGAGAGAAUAACCAAAGACUAACUGAUAGAUAUCAGGCCUUCCGACAGAAGCAAUCACCAUGGCAAAACCAGAUAUGGAUGUGAUCAAGGAGAUUCCAGGUUAUAAGGUUAUACUGAAGGCGGUGCUGAAAAGCCAGAUACAACAACUGGUGGAACAGUUGGCCAGCACAACAGAUGAAGAAUCUGUUAUUCUUACAGCCAGUGUUGCAGAUGGCACUCUAUGUCACCUGGGCUCGGACUCAGGCAAGGUUUUCCUGGAAGACCAUGAGGACAUCAAGUCCCAGUUCCUGGGUUUCUGUCUUAAAAGACAUCAUAAAAAGAAACAAGAGAAGGAGAGACAGGAAGCUCAAGAAAGAGAAGAGGCUCUUGCCCGUAGUAUGGCCCCAACAACCCCACCUAGGUACGGAGGUCCGAGAUUCAUGCCUCAGAGGUCACCCAGGUAUCCUUCACCUCAGCAUGGAUUACACCCUGUGGCACUGAGUCGAGUCUCCCCAGGAGGGAGAAUGAGGAGCCCUGGUGCUAGGCAUCAGCCCUAUCCAAUGGCACGCCCACCGAGACCAUCUUUGAACUUCGACCAACAGGGCCAGGUACCAGGACCCGGUCCAAGAACAGGAAAUAGAAUUGAAGGUCAGGUGAUUAAAAUUGAACCAGACGAUGAAGACGAAAAAUCCAAUCAAAGUGUUAAUGAUUCAGUUCAAACACCUACUAGUGCAAGUGUUCCAGGAAAUAGUGAACCUCCCUCACCCUCCACCAAACCCUCCACACCCUCACAAACUCAAGGACAACAAGCAUCUGAUAACGAUGAUGCUAAAUCAGAAUCAUCCACAUCAACCAUUCCAAAUGAAGCAUCAGAUCUCAAAUUAAGUGACACUGCCCCACCAGGGGGUCUUAGUCUGGACUCGGAUUUAUCAAACUUAAUAUCGGCAUCUACAUCAGUUUGUGACUCAAAUGUUGAACAGCCGGCAACUUCACACGACUCUGCAAGUGAACCUCAAACCCCAACUGGGCUGGACCCAAAUAUUAGUGUUAAACUUGAAGCAGUGGCUGAUUCAGAAAUGGAUUUAGAAAUUACAGGUGUGGAGUUAGGUCAGACUUCUAUGCAAGAGCAAAUGAGCUCCCAGGAAUGGAUGUCAAAUGUUCAAAAUGUUAUGCAGGGAGCUACAGGAAGUUCUGCAGAUAUGGCUAGUCAACAAAGUUACAGAAGCAUGAAAGGAGGUUCCAGUGAAAUGAAUAGCUUCCUGUCAUCAAUGGACACGUCAGCGCUACAAAUAGCCCAGACUAUAGAACGAUUCCGAUGCCAGUUAUGUAAUAAAGUAAAUGGAACGAAAGCUGCUUUAGAGAGGCAUAUGUUCACUCAUACUGGGGAAAGGAAAUAUGUGUGUUCAUACUGUAGAAAGUCCUUCACAAUCUCUAGUAGUCUAUAUAGACAUAUCAGGUCAUUGCAUGACCGAGAUUUUGUUCCUAAGUAAAACCUUGCUCUUUGUUGAAACAUCUGACAUCUUGUAUGGGUGAAAAGUUUUUUAAGUCAUAACGACAGGGUAAGCAACGUGUCUGUGGUUACAUAGGGCUUGACUGAAAUGCUGUGGGCUUUUUUAUAAUGUAUUCCUGUAAAAUUUAAAAUCUUAUUUUGGAUACAUUCCUUUUGAACUUUGUAGUGUGUAUAUGUAAAAUAAAAAUAAUUUUGGUACUUGCCAGCUCCAUAUAAAACUAAUAGAAGACAUUCAUCAUUUGUUGCAACAUUGACUUGUGAGAAAGGAUUUGCCUUUUGUAAAAAGUAAACAAUGAAUUUUUUGGUUCCGAGACAUUUAUUCCAGAAAACCUCAAAUCGGGAUUCUGACUUGCACAAUAGAACAUAGUCAGAAUAUUUCAACUUGAUCCAAAACAGUACUUCAUCAGAUAGGAGGAAUGUUGAUAGAUUUGAAAAGAGAAAACUAUUAUUAGUAGAGAAACUGUUGUUUGUAAAUACUGAUUUCGUGUCAGUUUAGACUUGUAUUUAUGUCUUCAUUAGUUUCUUGGGCUUCAAUGAUUGAUAAUCCGCCAGCUUUAGUUCUUUUGGAAGUAAAACUUGUUAAGUGCUUGUUUAAGAAAACCUUACGAUGUGAUUUAUGUUUGACUACUUUCCUAGUGGUAAAAUACCUAAUCCAAAUCAAUACUAUUCACAUGUGACAUGUGUUAAAGGCUCAUAAUGCCUUAGUUUAAAAUGCGGCUGCCACAUUUUCCAUUAUGAACAUUAUAAAUACAUUAAUUUCUUGUUAAAUCCUAUUUCUGAUAUUUUCUUUUAAUGGUAGAUAUUAACGUUGAGUUAGUAUUUUAAAACUUUUGUUACUUGCUUCUCAAAAAGUACAUUAUCUGACGACGCGAAUCUGUAGAAAUUGUAAUUAACAUGAUUUUAUGAAUUGUGAAUCUGGCGUUUUAUUUUUGCAUUCACCCAGUAAAACUUAAGUUAUGUAUUAGGUAUUUUAAAAAUUAUGUCACACUCUCCUUUCAGGAAACAUUAAACUUUGCAGAAUGUUGGUCAGCGUGACUGUGAAAUUUUGCACAUAGGGUUUAAGGUUGAGGUAACCUUAACUGGAAAUAGACCAUUUCUAUAAAUAGAGAAAACUUCAUCUUGUCAGCUCAGUAAUUUCGUCUAAUUUGAAAUAUCAAAAUAAAGAUUGGGUUACCAUUGAUAGCUUACAGAAAGCUAGGAUUGUGAUCAUAUAUAGGAACACUGUAUUUUCUGGCUAAUUUUCAAGUUCUGCCUAGGUUUUGGUCUAAGCUACCUUUUGAUCGCUUUCACUGGCGGCAACAACAAAUGUAUCACCAUUGAACUUACAUGUGUUGCCCUGCUCAAAAUGAAUGAAAUUGGACAGACAUGAUAUUUAUUGUGUUUUUAGCUCACCUGAGUACAAAAUGCUCAAAGGUGAGCUUUUGUGAUUGCCCUUUGUCCGUCGUCGUCCGUCCGUCCGUCGUCAACAAUUUGACAAUUAACACUCUAGAGGUCACAUUUUUGGCCCAAUCUUAAUGAAACUUUGUGAGAAUGUUACCCUCAAUAAAAUCUUGGACGAGUUCGAUAUUCGGUCAUCUGGGGUCAAAAACUAGGUCACCAGGUCAAAUCAAAGGAAAAGCUUGUUAACACUCUAGAGGUCACAAUUUUGGUCCAAUCUUAAUGAAACUUGGUCAGAAUGUUACCCUCAAUAAAGUCUUGGACGAGUUCGAUAUUCGGUCAUCUGGGAUCAAAAACUAGGUCACCAGUUCAAAUCAAAGGAAAAGCUUGUUAACACUCUAGAGGUCACAUUUUUGGCCCAAUCUUAAUGAAACUUGGUCAGAAUGUUACCCUUAAUAAAAUCUUGGACGAUUGUGAUAUUGGGUCAUCUGGGGUCAAAAACUAGGUCACCAAGUCAAAUCAAAGGAAAAGCUUGUUAACACGCUAGAGGUCACAAUUUUGACCCAAUCUUAAUGAAACUUGAUCAGAAUGUUAUCCUUAAUAAAGUCUUGGACGAGUUCGAUAUUGGGUCAUCUGGGGUCAAAAACUAGGUCACCAGGUCAGAUCAAAGGAAAAGCUUCUUAACACUGUAGAGGCCGCAUUUUUGACUGUAUCUUCAUGAAACUUGGUCAGAAUGUUAAUAUUGAUGAUCUUAAGGUCCAGUUUGAAUCUGGGUCAUGUAGGAUCAAAAACUAGGUCACCCGAUCAAAUCAAAGGAAAAGCUAGUUUACACUGUAGAGGCCACAUUUCUGGCCAUAUCUUAAUGAAACUUGGUCAAAAUGUUAAUCCUAACAUGUUAAUGAUCUAUAGCUCAAAGUUCAAAUCUGGGUUAGGUGGGGUCAAAAACUAGGUCACCAGGUCAAAUCAAAGGAAAAGCUUGUUAACACUCUACAGGCCAUAUUUGUGACUGUAUCUUCAUGAAACUUAGUCAGAAUGUUAACCUUGAUGGUAUUUAGGACAAGUUUGAAUCUGGGUCAUGUUGGGUCAAAAACUAGGUCACCAGGUCAAAUCAAAGGAAAAGUUAGUUAACACUUUAGAGGCCACAUUUAUGAUAAUGUCUUAAUGAAACUUGGUCAGAAUGUUAAUCUUGAUGAUCUUUAGACCAAGUUUAAAUCUGGGUCUGGUGGGGUCAAAAACUAGGUCAAAUCAAAGGAAAAGCUUGUUAACACCCAAGAGGCCACAUUUAUGACUGUAUCUUCAUGAAAUUUAGUCAGAAUGCUAAACUUGAUUAUCUUUAGGUCAAGUUCGAAUCUGGGUCAUGUCUGGUCAAAAACUAGGUCACGGGGUCAAAUCAAAGGAAUAGCUAGUUUACACUUUAGAGGCCACAUUAAUUAAAUAUCUUAAUGAAACUUGGUCAGAAUGUUAAUCUUGAUGAUCUUUAGGUCAGUAGGUCAGGUGAGCGAUACAGGGCAUUCAUGGCCCUCUUGUUUAUACUUUAACAUUGUUUUUGCCGUGUAAAUAUAAAUAAAACUGUUGUUUACAUAUAGUUAAAAAAAGAUUACAAAAAAUAACAAUCAGCUUUUGUUGCUACUUGAUGCAUGUUGAAUGUGCUUGACGUCUUGUAUAACUUGUAUCCUCUUGAAAAGAAGUAUUGAUUUCAAUAAAGAUAACUGGAAAGUUUA